UGUCAAACGAUUGUGUUACGACCUAAUUCAGGGCUGUAAAGUCAUUCGGUAUUGCUCAGCAUCACUUACUCCACAAGGAUAAAUCGUUAACCAGGUGGCUCUCUUGCCCUCCCUGUCACUUCGGUUGGACUCAACCAUCUCGUCUUCGACACCACUCGACUGCGGACAACUCCGUUGAGUCUAGAUCAAAGGCAAUUAUGACCAGUCCACCCGGCAGGAAGGUUGCUACCUUCUCGAAAGCUGCGGCAGACUAUUAUGUACCCUCAUUACCAGGUCUUCCAAACUUGGCGUCCCAUCCCACACAUCCUCUGAACAUAUAUGCAGGGAACAUACCAUCAUACCCAGGAGAAGGGGUUGCAGGAGCAGAAGGAGCGACGGGAGUGGAUGCCGAGAUCUACUUCUUGAUGGGCAAGAACCGACGAAGCGCCGGAAAGGGAAGAGUCGUGUUCUGGUUCAACGGCGGACCAGGCUGUUCAUCCUUCGACGGAUCGCUCAUGGAGGUGGGUCCAUUUCGGACGGUACCGGCUAGCAAGACGGCGAGCGGGGAGGUCGAGCUCGAGCUGGUUGAUGGCGGUUGGGAAGAGUUUGGAACCGUAAUCUUCAUCGACCAGCCACCCGGUACAGGAUAUUCUGUCAUUCCGACGAAUGGAUACCUACACGAGUUGGAUCAGGCAUCGGCCCAUCUCGUAGAAUUCCUGGGCAACUUUUAUUCUAUCUUUCCCGAAUUACGGUCCCAGGAUACUUACCUCGCCGGAGAGUCUUUCGCUGGACAAUACAUACCAUAUUUUGCCGAUGCUAUCCUGAAAUCCAGCCUCGACCCGCCGAUUACACUACAAGGGUUAGCAAUAGGAAACGGCUGGAUCGAUCCCAGAGAGCAGUACCAGGGUUACGUUGAUUUUGCCUACGAGAAGGGCAUGAUCAAAGCGGGUACCGCGGAAGCCGAAGCGGUAGAGAAAGCGAUGUUCGAGUGUCAGAACGAGGUCGAUAAAUAUGCGAACAAGACCGAGAUCCCUAUCAACCUGGCAAAUUGUGGUGACGUGAUGGGUAGCGUCACCGCACCUUUCACGCAGGACUUAAAUGGCAAAACGAUGUGUAAGAACGUUUACGACGUUCGCCUCAUGGAUGAGUGGCCAGCUUGUGGGAUGAACUGGCCACCGGAUCUGCCAGACCUUUACUCUUACUUGCGGCGGAAAGACGUCGUCACAGCGCUACAUGCACAAGCCAAGGAGACUGCUUGGAUGGAAUGUGAUACGAUGGUUUCGACCAACCUGCAACUGCGGACUUCCCCAGCAUCGAUCGGUUUGAUUCCUGGCAUCAUAGCGAAAGGUGUCAAGGUCAUGUUGUUCGCGGGUGACGAGGACCUGAUUUGCAACUACAAGGGAAUCGAGCGGACAAUAGCGAGUCUCGAAUGGGCUGGAGCGAGAGGUCUCGGCGAAGAGGAGGCGCAGGAAUGGUAUGUCAACGAGACAUAUGCAGGAACUUGGCAGACCGCAAGGGGUCUGACUUAUGUCAGGGUCGCUGGAGGGUCGCAUAUGGUCGGAUUUGAUCUACCGCAUGUCACGAACGACAUGAUCAUGCGUUUCAUGGACGUGGACCCAAGCGAUGUUCUCGGAUCAGCAGCUCUACCAAGCAGAUUGGGAUCAGAAGAGAGAGUCCGCUUCGAUAGCUCGAUCGAUGGGGCUGCUGGACACGGCAGAAUCGGGACGACGCCCAUCGUGAAAGAUGCUUGGUAUCAUGCCGCAUCAGCGAUGACCCUGCUCCUCUUCUUGCUGGGAGCUGCUGGUCUAUAUUUCUAUCUUCGAGCCCGAAGUCGUAGACGGGCCAAGGUCGGCCUAGACCUUCGCGUACCAAGGGAUGAGGAGGAGCGGCAACCGCUCGGACGGGAAACACAUGAAUUGGAGGACUAUCACGACACUGGACGUGAUCGAGCAUUCCAGACCCGUUCGCCGGUGUUCGAGAUCGGAGAUGAGGAUUUAGACGACGAACGGGCUGUAAACAAACGGAGAGACUAGAACAGCGAGCGCUUUCCU